UCACCAUCGGGGUGACAUCCGUCCUAGCUGCCUCUCUGCUCCUCUCUGCUCCUCCACUGUUCAGAGGACUUCCGUGGACCACAGUUUUGACCAGAUCCCUUCAGGUCCCAGCCCAGCAUGGCCCCUCCAGGCUACCUCCUGUUCCUGCUUCUGCUCCCAGUGGCUGCAAGUCAGACGUCGUCGUCAGCAGGUUCCUGCUCCGGAUGUGGGCCUCUGUCUCUGCCACUCCUGGCAGGCCUGGUGGCUGCAGAUGCGGUCAUGUCACUUCUAAUCGUGGGGGUGGUGUUUGUAUGUAUGCGCCCACACAGCAGGCCUGCCCAAGAAGAUGGUAGAGUCUACAUCAACAUGCCUGGCAGAGGCUGACCGUGGCACCUUCUGUCUUCUGACCCUCUCAUCCUGGAUCGCGUAGGGGUGGGGGAUGGUGCAUGGGGACGCACUUCUUCGGGACUGGAAUAAAGCGAUUCAAA